CAGUAGUGUCUCUGUCCUCAUUUUUUCUGGAAGACUCUGCGCUCUCUGUCUCCUCUUUUCUCCCUCUCCUCAUCCUCCAUUCCUCGUCCAGAUCGCACGCUCGUUCAACUCAUGGUGAGCGGUCCACUCGAUGGCUGGUUUGGUCUGUUGCGAGUAGCCAGGUAUGGGGAGAUGCAAUUAGUUGUUUCUGCACUUCGGUAAGAUCAUUUUGAUUUUUUGCUUCGUUUGAUCUAACUAGUGUUUGUUGGUUUUAAUCUCUUCUGAUUUGUUUGUGCUUUCAUGGUGGCGAUGGGGAGUAGCGAUUUUUUCUAGAUGGGUAACGGUGAUAGAAAUGAAUUGAUCCCCGAUGAGUAUGGUUAUGAUGGGGACCAUUUAAAAUCAUUUUAUGGUCUGAAUCGAAACAAUCCUAGGGAGUAUUCUGCAUUAGAUGAUGCUAUUUUUGAGUUGUACCAGAAAGAUAAAAUCCAAAAGUUGAAGAGGAAGUUAGAUGCUUCUAUUCUUGCUGAUAUCAUGAAUGUCAAGAGCAAAAAUAUUAUACAUGACAAGAAAUCAAAACCAACCUCCACACACAUCUCUGUUGAGUAUGAUCAGAAAACUUUCGACAUAAUUUCAAUGUCUUCUGAUUUUAUGUCUAGAGUUGAGAGUUCUUUUGGUUCUUUUCUUCCCCCUCAGGCUAAAGAUGACCUAUGUCACAUUUUUGUAGAUCAUUUUGUUGAACAAUCUAAGAAAGCUCAAUUGAGUUGUGAAGAUUUAAUUUUUAAAAUGUUGUUGUUGUUCAAUGAAGCGAGAGUAAAGAUGAUUGAUGAUGAACGACAACUUGAUCCUUCUUUAGGUAACAAGAAUGCUGUGAAUCCGAACCCAAAUAAUAGCUUGAUGUUGUCUCCAACAGUUUCAUGCAAAAAAGCGUGUAAAGGCGAAAUUCCUAAUAUUGACCUAAAUUUGUCCCUCAAGGCUGGGUGGAAGCUUGAUGUAGACAUUGUUGAAGCUGAUGCUGUCCAAAACUCUUUAUCUCGACACAAUCAAAACAUAAAUUAUAAAUGUUUCACCACCAUGAGCAGCAAGAGGAAUCCUGAAAAAGUUGACUUUAAGGAUCCUAGAACCGAGAGGUUAUUUCAAAGAUUAUGCAAGCCAGUUGUUGAUCUGAGCACACCAGAAUUUGUUAAAAAUAGAAGUACCGUAUCUUCUGGUAAUCUUCUUGUCAUAGAAAAUGCUCCAAUUAAGAAGCCCAAGGUUAUGCCAAAGCUUAGAAAUAUCCAUAACAAACUAAAUUUUAUUGAUCUGAACAAUCCAUCUUGUGAUUUACUCUUUGAUGAAUGUCCUGAUUCAUACAAGAAAGGUAUCGCUGCAGUGAAAAGGGAUGAUUAUGUUUUGGAAAAAAUUUCUCCUAAUCAUCCUUCCAAUCGCUCUCGGCGUAUUGAAUCAAAGACUCCUGUUGAAGUUGUCAUUUUGCCGGAUUCUGAAGAUGACCAAAAAGAAAAUCACAUUUCUAUUUGCAAUGUCUUUGCACAUACUACUGAUCUUUUGAAUUAUAAACCAAAAACAAAACCUUCUCAUGGCAAUGUUGAUGUGGAGGUUCUUGGUGAGAUUAGAUUUGAUCAGAAGACAAAGUCAACGUGUUCAAAAUCUGAGAAUCUUUACAACAAGUCUUUUAUAUAUGACCAUCAAAGUUUCAAGCCUGUUAAUAAGGACAUCCCACAUUCUGCUGUUGUCAAGGGUACUUUUAUUGGUUGCAGCAGUGCAGGUGCUCCUCCUGAUGUUUUGUCUAAUAUUGUUGUCAAUAGUGCUUCUAAAUUUGUUAUCAAUAUUCAAGAGAGGAGGAACUAUGCUGCUGUGUGCAGCCUUGCAACUAGCACAAUAUGGUACAACCAGUAUGCCAUUGAUAUUGGUGGUUGCCAUGUCAAAUAUGAUUUUCUUGGGAAUUCUAUGAUGCCUGGUGGUAAAGUUGGUAGUUUUGUUAUAAAUGCCUUUUGCCGUAAAUUUUUCUUGGAUGAGAGGCCUACAAAGUCAAGGAAGCACUAUUUUUUCUCCAGUGUUGGUGCUGUGCUAUUGAGUGAUACCACUGAUUACUCCUAUGUGAAUAAAUGUUUUGAUGGAGCUGCCAGCGUUGUCGCAUUGCAUAAGGCUGAUAUGCUCAUUUUUCCUAUCUGUCAUGGCGACCAUUGGUUCCUUUUUGUUGUUGACUUGAAGUUCAAUUGGUUUCUUUUCCUCGAUUCUUUGUAUUCCAAGGAUGAUGAUUAUCAAGUUUUUGUAAGAAGAAAGUUGAUUAUUUCUUUCAAGCAUGUGUGGAAUAAAUUUGUGCAAACACCAGUCCCAGUACAUUUGGACAAUUUUCGCAUUGGAUAUCCUUCUGUUCCGAAGCAAAACAAUAUAUUUGAUUGUGGAGUUUUUGUCAUGAAGUUUAUGGAACUUUGGAGACCUAAGGCUCUUCUUCGCUCUGAAUUUUCACAAGAUGAUAUACCCAACAUCAGAAUUCAACUUGUGAAUGAUCUAGUUUUCAGCGAGCACAACAUCGUCGACACUAGCGUUGUAAGGGACUUCUAUGCAGAGGGAGAUUAUCUUCGAGUUGGACAUGGGGUGUAGAAGUUCACUGUGUCAUUGUAUGAAAUGGCAACAAUACAACCUAGAGAGUUAAGAAUUGGUGUAAAAAUGUAGCACAUACGCAGCACAUUUGUUUGGGAAGUAGCCCAUAUAUGUUCCUUAGAUAAUACGAAAUACAUUGUAUUGAAGCACUCAGUUACAUAAUGUUCUAUCAUCAUAGUACUUUUGUAGUUUGUUCAUCAGACAAUACUUGCUGAAAUAUUGUUGCUAUUUCUAGUACAAAUUAUCGAUAUAAAUCCUUGUUUAGUCCUCUAUCGUGCUUUUUACUCAUUGUCCUUGAGUUGAGCUGUCAUUUGUAUUUCUCUUCUUCCCGUUGUCUUUCUGUCCUUGUUCUUCUCCUACAAAUUCAUACUUUAUUAGACUAUAGUAAUAGAUACAAAUUCAGUCAUAAUUUUUUUGUUAGUUACCUUAAAUUUUUUUAUAAAAACUGCAGGAAUGGUUCUUUUUUUACCUUCUGUAGUAGUGCUGAUGUCCUUCUUCUUUCUCUUCUGCUUCUUUUUGCUCAAAUCAAACUUUAGGUGUUUGAAUUUACAAUCGCGAACAUUGUGUCCUGCCCCUCCACAAUGUCCACAAUUGUAUUUUUGCUUACUUAGUAUUUUUUUCAACAGUUGGCAUCCAUCUUUUAUUGGACAGUGGUCUCCCUUUUGUAUUUGCCACAUCUGAAUCUUGUACUUGGACAAUUGAUUCUGAAUAUAUAUCUUCUCCAUUUAUCUGCACAUUUCCAUUUGAUUGCAUAUAGUCUGUUGAACUUUGUGGUUGUUCUUUAGCAUCAAUGUUGUCCAUUAGAUCUUCCAUUCUUGCAAUUUCUGUAAGCACAAAGUUGUAUUUGCCUUCUGUUCUUGCCCCUUUGGAUGCAAUAUCUGCAAGCCUUCUGGAGAGUAUAUUGAACCUCAGACUUACAUUAUCAGCCACAG